CGGUGAUAGAAAUGUGUUUUUUGCGGAAUUCGGCAACGACAACCAGUGGAAAAUGCCACUCGGUGAAGUUUCUGAGGUGCAAGGCACUUGGUUGAAGCACUCAGGACCAAAAGGUAUUUUGGUUGGUAUGCCAAGUGUAGAAGAUCAUUCUUUUUUUGCAAGCAGAUGAUCAUCUUGAGUCAAAUGGACGUGCGCCUUCAAAUGACACUUUUUUGAUGGGCCAUUUUCACCUUCAUCUGCUCACAGACAUUCACAAUGUAUAAACAUCACAGCUCCACCAUGGCGUUGGCGUCGUCCUGCAGUGUUUCCUCGUGUCCCAUGGCCAGAAUGGGGGACUCGCGUCCUCAUCAACACAGCUGGCAUGGUUGGUUCUCGUGGCAUUUCUCUAGGCAUAGCAAUCUUUGCGGUUGAAGAAGUCACGCCACCGAAACCGGAUCCUAAGGCGUUAGUUGGCACGAAUAAGAAGAAGAAAGCCGCAGCAGCUCCACCACCAGAAAGUCUGCCACCAGCCAGAGUCGCAAAGAUGUGGGAAGGUGGUUUGUUUAUUAACACGACAUUAGCAUCUUCAACAGGGACAGCAGCGGCAGCAGGGUCUUCUUCUUCUUCUUCUUCUUCUUCUACAAAAGAGUCCCAUCAUGGCUCUUUCGUAGUCGCGAGUGGAGCAGGAGACAGGAGCGGAGCAGCGUCUGCUCGUAGCAGUGUCACGGGCUUGGAUCUUCACGCAAGAGACAAGAGGUGCGGUUCAUCUUCACAGCUGAAGCUUCCUCCAGCUCAUCAGUUUGGGAUGAAGAGUAGUCUUGUGGCUCUAGCAGAUUUUUCGAACACGAGUAAUAAUCAGCCGCCUGUCCACAACGCGUCGACAGGAGGCAUGGCGAACUUGGCGGCUGCGAUCUUAGCUCUCCGCAUUUGCAAAGAUUUAGGGUUGGCGAAAAAGAACAUCCUAAUCGCCUCAGAUCAGUUGGUUGCGACUGCGUUGCUGUCAAAUCGGAGUGGCCACUACGUGAACUCCAUGUUCGAGGACUUGAUAGGAGGAAGCGGCAGCGACGGAGACGUGAGGGACCUGCGAUGUUAAGGCGUCUCUGAUAGGUUUUCAACUUAGUACAUACAAAGCAUGAUCUACAUGCUGUUACUUGAUCAGGGACUAACUUGGACUAUCUUUUAUCUUCUAAUCUUUGGGUGAAUCCGACGGCGAUGCUUCACCUGCGAAAACUGAGCGCGAGUCGGUUCUGAGUAUGCCACUAGGAUCAAGUGGAGCAACAGGGUCUGUGCAAGGUGGUGGGGCGACGCCAGCAGGUUUGAAUACUUCCGGUUUCGCUAGUACCACCCUCCCUCUCCCUCCAGCAGGCAGCGGCGGUGGCGCGACCCCAAGCAGUGGAGUAAUGGU